CUACACACGGUUUUGUGUGGGUGACCUUGGGCUAUUGGACUUGGUCGUUAUAAAAAGCAAUUGGCUACUUUGAGUGUGACUUUUCAUUUGGUGAGUUUCGCGGACAUCAGGACGUCAGCAAGAUGUUUUUGAUCCUGGUAGCAGCUUUGGCCUUGGUAACUCCAAGUGUCGUCGAAGGCUCGUGUGAAGAUGACCUAGUGGAUUGCAAGAAAGGUCCGCUGGACAUUUCUUUCGUGGUUGACAGUAGCUCUAGUAUCUGGCAAAUGAACUUCACCAAAGCUCUGUGGUUUGUUGAGGAUUUUGUGGAAAGAUUUGAAAUCGGCCCACAAAACGUCCGUGUUUCGUUUGUAACUUACGGCGAUAAGGUGAAUGAAGAUCUCGCCUUUGACUUUGACACCUACACGAAUAAAAAAGCUCUAAAAAAUGUCAUUUCAAAUACAGAGUACAGAGGCGGGUCGAGAACAGAGACAGGGGCGGCAAUAGCAUACAUGCUGGACAGACAAAUUCCCAAAGCCAGGCAAGGAGUACGUAAAGUGGCCAUCGUUCUGACGGACGGAAACUCUCAAGAUGGGGACCGCACUAAAAGUGAAGCUGCCAGGGCAGUGUCGUCUGGUCUUGAAGUUUUUGCUAUCGGAGUUGGAAGGGACAUCUCUGAGCAGGAACUACGCAACAUAGCUAGUGAUUCCAAGCAUGUGUUCAAUGUUGCCAGCUACACAAGUUUGCCAGACAUUGUCGUCAGGCUGCUGUUUGAAACUUGUAAUGUCAGACCGGAGCCUGAUUGUCAGUAUGAUCCAGUGGAUAUCUCAUUCGUGAUUGAUUCGUCCGUGAGUAUUGGCCAGGAUAAUUUCACUCUGGGUCUUGAAUUCAUCAAGGAGUUUGUUGACGAUUUUCAGAUCAAUCCAAGUUCUGCUCGAGUAGCAGCAGUGAUGUUUGGAGAUAGGGUUUACUCAGAGUCUGCCAUUCCUUUUGACCGAUACACUAACAAAAAAGAUCUACAAGACGCCAUCUCGAGGUUGGAAUGGAAGCACGGUAACAGAACAGAGACUGGAUUAGGUAUCGACUACAUGGUGAAAAACUUCUUGCCAAACGUGCGGCCCAAUAUUGCAAACUUAGCUAUUGUGAUUACAGAUGGGCAAAGUCAAAGUAAGCCUAAAACAGCCGCAGCAGCAGCCAAUGCCAAGAGUAAAGGAUUUACAAUAAUUGCUGUUGGUGUUGGCUAUGACGGCACUACUAUUGAUAUCGGAGAGUUGCAGACGAUAGCUGAUCGCCCUGACUUCGUUCUCAUUGCAAAUGAUUACAGCAAACUGAAUUUAAUCAAGGACAAGCUUAUCAAGACCGCUUGCUUGGGCAUUGCAAUAAGCGCCACCGCAAAGCAAGCACCAUUCUACGCACUAAAAAACAAACCAAGAAACUAGACCCUGGUAUUUUGUUGUACAUAACAUGAGAGGAAGCUAAUGAGUUUUUGUACAUAACAUGAUUGGAAUGCACCACAUUGCAGGAGUUUUCAUUGGUCCAAUGAAGCAGUUACUCGAAUUCACUAUAUGUAUCUUACAUGUCUUACAUUACCAUUUGAAGCUGUAUACGUUAUAUAAAUACAUUGUAGAAAAUCAUGCCUUUCAAAACUGUCAGAUAUUCAAAUGUUUUUUGUUUUUUUUCCUUAGGCUCUGAACUUUUGUAAGGAACUCUUUAAAAAAAAAUUAUAAUGAUCUA